AAAGGACAAAACCUAACGACAGCUUUGUAAGGAAGAAGAGAACAUCAGUGUAGGUUCACAAGAUAGAAGAGAAAAAGCUAUGACUGAUUUGCAAAUGGAAGUAGAGAGCAAGUCUGUUACUGAAACGCACAUGGAGGUAGAGACCAAUUCUUCUUCGCAAGAGUCUCUCCCUAAGCCUCAAGCCAUGUACAGAUGCAAGAAAUGCAGAAGAAUAGUGGCUAUUGAGGAAAACAUUGUCCCACAUGAACCAGGGAAAGGUGAAGAAUGUUUUGCUUGGAAAAAGAGAAGCGGUAACUAUGCUGAACAAGUGCAAUGCUCUUCCAUCUUUGUCGAGCCUAUGAAAUGGAUGCAAACUAUACAUGAUGGAACUGUUGAAGAGAAGCUUCUUUGUUUGGGAUGUAACGCUCGCUUAGGUUAUUUCAACUGGGCUGGGAUGCAAUGUAGUUGUGGCGCCUGGGUUAAUCCGGCUUUCCAGCUCCAUAAAAGCCGGUUAGACGAGUGUAAGUCCGAGCCAAACCCGAAUCCAGAAACUGUGUGAAAGCAAACAUGCUUGGAUAUGUAAUGGUUAUAAUAAAGAUCAAAUUAAGCUUUAUUGUAUUGAACAUGACAUAUAGUGAGUGUUUUUUGUUAUAAGUCAAACAAAAGUUCACUAGAUGUUUUUUUUUUUUUGGUCAAAAAGUUCACUAGAUUAAUGUU